CGGCUCUCCUCUUUAUAUUAGGGAGCCGUUAUAAUCCUUCACGUCCUGAUUCUGAUAGUAAAGCGAAUCAGAUUUGUCUUCCUGUAACAUAGAUCCCCCAGGCGAGAGGGCCCUGUAUAUUCUUGCUUUUUGGGUCCCCGUUCCCAUAUACCAUCGUAUUCGAUUUUGUCUUGUAUACCGCACCUUGUUUGCGCAUCAUCACCCUUUCGACGACAACCAACAAGCCGAAGCGCUAAUCUUGUCAGCAACACUCCUGCGUCGCGACGACACGACCUUUGCAGAACUCAGGAUUCUCCAAAGCGACGAGCAAGAAGUGAGAGGUAGAAGAGAAGGGCCAGGGCAUUGGGAACAAGGAAAAGGCCGAGCACGAGCCGCAUAUCAAUAGCGUGGAGGGGUCCUUUGUGUUGGAUCGGCAUCCGAGGUUGUCUUCUACCGGUCGGGCAAACCGCCCCACUGUCAGCUGCGACGGCUGAAUAGAAGCAAACGAGUAUUUUGUGCGUACCACCGUCUACCGACGGGAUUGAGCAGACGUACAUCAUCUGCGCGAGUAAGCCAAGGAAGGCUGAAGUUAGAGAAUCAAAGCCACGAAACGGACAAGGGAUAGAAGGAGGGCCUCAAACACCAUCAUUCCCACAUCAACAAACACCUUUUUGUCUUCCAUCGCUAGCCCAUUCGCGCGCGAUAAAGAAAGAACCCCACUCGUCAUCUGGCUUCUGUUGAUCCGAUAACAGAUCACACACGACAUAACUAUCAAAUUUGCGUUCGGUUUCACCGACAGUCAAUUUGCCGCCCGGAAGAAGAGUAUAUGGCUAUUCGCGAUAUUUCCCUUUGUGACCAUCGUGGCAAUUGCACAUUAGGCCAUUACUGGUGAUAGAGGGAGACAAUCCAUUCGGUAACGUCUCAACAGUGUCUUCAUUACGCCUUUACGAUCGGAUUCCUAGACAGCGUUGUCUGUGCAGGACAAAGGUGCUACGGGGUUUGAUUUAACAAAAAGACGUCAUUUUCGGUGUGAAAGGGGGCAAUCAUAUACCCAUCUCAAGACCAGAAGGGUGAUUGUGCGGGCCAGAAGGGACUACUGUAUCUGGAGUAUCGAGUGAAGCUUAAUCCUGGAAACUUCAAGUCGACAUCUCGCCCUGCUUCUAGCUUUACGCUGCUGAUCGGAACGAGCCGCGUGUUUGUACCUCUGUGAUCUAUCGGCAACUAGAUUUUUAUCCAACUUCGGGUCCUCGACUUUUACCAUUCAUAUCUCUCGUCCAGCAACAGGAUCAUAAGCUCGGCCAUGAGCGUCCUUGCUACCCCGCUUCCACACCGGCCAUUCUCAGAUACGGAGCUCUUCACAUCGUCCAGUGGCUCUGUCCCCGCCCACGCUGAACUCCCUCCUGUGCCUCCCCAUAUCGCUCUGCCCAUCCCUUUGCCACCGCAAGGAACAUCGUUUUCCACGUUUCAGCAACGACAUACAUCUUCUUACCCUAUGCCUCAGCAACAGACAUUCUCAGCUCUUGGCCCGGCUCAGCCAGAUGUAGUGCCUACGAAUGCUAUUAUGCCACAUGCUGAGACGUCGCCAUCUGCCCCCCAGGGCUCAGCGGUGGGCUUGGCAGAUCUUACCCCGGAUAUACACCCUCAGACUCCGUUACCGCCAACCCCAGAGCCUUCACCCCCUCGAAGAAAGGUUUUAGGACCAACGAUGAUGAUUAAACUCGCGCCACCAGCGGAUGACCACUCUUACCACCGGUAUGAUGUACUGGGGACCGAAGCUGAGCCUAGUAGCGUUCACUCCGGCGAGUCGUCUGGAAGUACUAGCACAACUCCUCGGCGAUUGCCCACACUGUCCAUAGACAUUGAAUCUUUCGAUUCAUCUCCUUCGCAUCGCACGCCUUCUCCAAAGCUUGGCACGUCAAGUGGAACACCCUCACAGGCCAGAGUAAAGUCAUCUUCAUCUACUGAUCCCAAACCGCCCAGACCGAAAUCGAUGGGACCACCACCGCGCCCUAGACGAAGUCAAACAGCUUAUCCUCACGGGCCUGUAUCUGUCCGUAUGGCCGAAAGCCGGAGUGCUGAUUCCCGAGAAAGGAAGCUCAGAGCGACCAGUGUCCUUAGAGCAAGCUCUUAUAGCCAAGUAAGGUCGGGGUCACCUGGUCCUUCCCGAGCAUUUUCAGAUGCCGGAUCUGGAUCUGUCACCCCAAGAGCAUUUAGUGCAAGUGAUUUGGCGCUACCAGAUCUUGGAGGGCCUGACGGUUUGGAGGCGAAAGUUGUAUUGCUUGGGUCACAAGGCGUGGGCAAAACGUCACUGAUUUUGAGAUACACCACUCGCACAUUCUCUGUUACUCCCGCACCCGCCACAAUCGGCUCUUCUCUCCAUACCCGCAAGCUUGUGCACUCUGGUGUAAGGGUCAAACUUCAAAUUUGGGACACUGCUGGGCAAGAACGCUUUCGUUCUAUGGCCCCCAUCUAUUACAGAGGAGCACACGUAUGUGUGUUGGUUUACGACAUCUCUGACAAACAGAGUUUCGAAGAUGUUCGAAGCUGGCUUGAGGAGUUGGGAAGAAGUGUACCAAAAGAGACCGUCAUCUUUGUGGCUGGAGCAAAGAUUGACUUAAACGAUAGGAGGGAGGUGGAGUUCGAUUUUGCCAAAGAGAUGAUUAGGUCCUGGAUCAGCCCGCCGUCUCCACCACCACCCGUCCUUACGCCGAUGACUUCACCGCCACAAAGAAGUCUUUUCCGCUCUUCAACCUCUACUUCUCGUAUUGAUUCCCCCUCACCAACCCCGACCAUUUCCCGCGCGCCGUCCACCCGGAUUCAUUCUUAUAGCUCUCACAUUACCGAACCUACUCUUCGCUCAGCGCCUAUCAGUUCUUCUUCCAGGCAUUCUGCUGAUUCACCACGCCCACUGGCGUCUGUGCCCUUCCCCAGUCCGAAAGACAUCCCAGUUUCUCCAGAAAAAAGCAAAGCGAAGGAGAUUGCAAAUGAAAAACGAUCAAGAAGACACAGUGCAAAACCUUUUCCUGUUAAGGUCACUAACUCUGCAUCUACCAGUCUUGCUACCUCUCCUUCGCGGCUAGAGUUCCCCACAUUGCAGUCACCAACUGGUCCGACUUCGGCGACUUUUACUGAGCCUGUCGGCCCUUUAUUAGCUUCUCCGACCUCUUCACCUGGUCAUCGUUCAUCCGGGGGUAGAUUUUCUAUCUCAGGCAUAUCUGAGGUGUUGGGUUUGAACCGGACAGUCAGCAUGAGUGGUGCCAUAUCUAGCUUACAUCAGCUCACAGAAGCACCCUCCCCUCCGCCACUUCAGACUUCGUCACCUGGGUCGUCGUCUUUCAAUCCCCCUCAACUUCCCUCCUCACCACGAACUAGGGUUGAAAGCAGCCCCCUCUUUCCUUCAUAUGGUUCCGAUCGUAACGCUCGUCGGAAAUCUGACGAAUGGUCCAGAGGUGGGUGGAAAAUGGGCGAAGGACCUGGUGUGGCAGAGGCUCUUGGUGAAUUUGGGGCAGGAGUGAAAAGGAGAGAGUCCGAAGAACUUUUGGGGGGUACCAAUAGGUCUUUGCCGGUCCUUGGAAAUCCAUCUUAUAAGGUAAAUCAGGUCAGAAGUAGAGCUGGAAGCCUGGGAAGGGAUCCCAGAUUGAUAGGGGAAUUGGAAGAAGUGGAGGACGAAUGGGGCGUUCAAGUGGAGAAUGUCAGAUUGGGAGAGUGCAGUGCUCUCACAGGUGAAGGCGUGGAAAAACUAUUUAAAGCCAUCUCGUCAAUCCUCGUGGAACGGAAAGACAAGAUUGAGAGGGAGAGAGUGCUGAGACACAAGGACAGUGUUAUCCUCGUUGAUCCUUCAACAAACCCCAGGGGUUUGGACAAGGAGAAGAAGUCUGGGUGUUGCGUAUAAGCAUACCCUGUCCUUUGAGUCAGAUCAUUUAAACACGAACCGAAUUCGACCGAUUUGUACGACGAUUUAACGAACUUACGACUUGAUGAACAUGACGUCUCCUGAGCCUCUUUUUGACUUUCUCAUUUUGAUCCCAUAUGCUAGCUUGACUAUGUGUGACUGUACUUUAGCUCAUAGCCUUUCACUUUUCCUCUCACGGUUCCGUUUAGGGUAGGUCAACAAUUAUAAGUAUUCAUCUCCUGUAGUUUCUUUAUUUUCCUUGUUCAAGCGAUUAUUGUGAUGUUUGACCCGGAUAUGUGUAAUGUCUUUGAGAACAACGGCUGUGCCGUAUGCAUGAUUUAUUCAGC